AUGUCUGAGGUACGAGAUUACGGCCGUGAUGGUGCCACUCCGGUGCAAUUGAACACCUCGUCAUCGCCUAUGCGACCAUCACACAUCGAUCUUGAGGCACAGUCCCCAAAGUCACCCAUCCAGUCUCAGGAGAAAGGAUACAAGCAACCUAUUUCUCCAAUAGAGUCUGUCAGGUUUCGCCGGCCAAACCGCUCCAACACAGCCAAGACCUACAAGCCCGAAAUACGAGGUCAAGACUGGCAUCCAGGUCAAGAGCCAGGCAUAGACACUUCAGCAACGCAUCCGCACCCGUCGUUGGCGCCGAACCUGCAUGCUCAGUGCGACAUAACAAUCGUUGACUUUUCGGUGGAUGAUAUACGACUGUCACACCUUGACAAUGAGACUCUGCCGGAUUUCAUGGACAAUCCAAGGCCUGACUGGGCAGCAUGUAGAUGGAUCAACGUCAACGGGCUAAGCUGGGAUGUGAUUAAGCUGCUGGGAAAUGACAAACAUUUGCAUCGGCUGGCCGUUGAAGAUCUCAUAAAUCCUAGGAACAGAACCAAAGCCGAUUGGUACUCAGAUCACACCUACAUCGUCCUUCCUUUGCAGAAGCUCAUCCACUUCCACUCCGAUACCCAUUGCGAUUCAGAAUGCGAGGAGUGGGGCUCCGACGACGGAAUGACCAGAAAAAGGAAACAGAAGAAGGGGCUUUUCUCGUCUUUCCGAAGGAAGAAGAAUGAGAAGAACGCAAAGGAGCCUCCAAAGCCCCUGGACUCAGCGGCAGAAAUGCACACCCCCAGCAAUGGCUACGUUGACCCGACGAGCAAUGGCUUCGCUGAUGCAGGCAAUGCUUUCAUCAAGGCCCAUUCCUCUUCUACCAUGGAUGCCCCUGUUACUACUGUCCGCACACUUCAACGAUACCAUGGCGGCCCGAAUGAGGAGCGUAUCGAGUUCAUGGAGAAGCAUUCCGCGCUCGCAUCGAAAGAUCUAGGCGUGGGCGUUGAGCAGGUCUCAAUCUUCCUGAUCUCCGACAAUACUGUGGUUUCUUUCUUCGAAUCCUCGGCCCAAGAUAUUGAAUCUCCCAUUAUAACUCGACUGAGCAGUAAAGAGACCAUUCUGCGACGCACGGCAGAUGCGAGUAUGAUUACACAGGCCAUCAUCGAUGCCAUCAUCGACUUGGCACUCCCAGUAGCCGAAGCCUAUCAGGAUGCCAUCGGCGAAUUGGAGCUCAAUGUGCUUACAGAAGCGGACAUCAGCCACACAACGUCGUUAUAUGUCUUGACAUCCGAGGUGGUCCAGUUCAAGAGCAAUCUGUCUCCUGUCGUCAACCUCGUCAACGCGCUGCGAGACCACACGAGCGACCCUAUUCCUACGCCAGGCUUGAACGGCAACCCUCCGAAACGCGUCUCCUCAAGUGUUACCAUUAGCCCCAUGACACAAGUGUAUCUUGGGGAUGUUGAAGAUCACGUUAUCCAGAUUACAGACGGACUGGGCCAGAUGACGCACGCGGCUGAUAAUAUGAUUGAUCUGAUCUUUAACAAGAACGGUGCCCGUCAGAACGAGACGAUGAAACAACUCACGGUUGUCACCAUACUGUUUCUUCCUCUGACUUUCUUAACCGGCUAUUUCGGUAUGAAUUUUGUCAAUUUUACUGGUGCACAUAAUCAUGGCGACGGCUACUUCUGGGAGAUCGCAGCUCCUGUCAGCUUCGUAGUAACGAUCUAUUUGAUGUGA